GUUGGGAUGCUCGCGGCAGGUAGUAAGGUGUCGGUGCGUGCUUGUUGAAUGGGCGGAUAGGCGAGCAGACCGGGCUGUGAGGGGGGAGGAAGGCAUGAUCUGGUGUGACAGGAGCCCAUGGGUCCGGUGAAUGCGCCGAGUGGGGGCUGAGACGCUGGCUGUGAGCUGGCCCAUGUUACAGUCACGGCUGUGUGCAGGACCCACUGCUGCCCCCUCGGAGCAUUGCUGCAAGGUGAUUCAUGGCUGGGGACGUGGAAGGCUAUUCCUCUUCAAUUCAUGAUAGCAGUGUCUCUGCUGGUUUCAGAGCACUGUAUGAAGAGGGCCUCUUGGUUGAUGUCACCCUUGUGAUAGAGGAUCACCAGUUCCAAGCUCACAAGGCUCUGCUGGCUACUCAGAGCGACUACUUCCGCAUCAUGUUUACAGCUGAUAUGAGGGAACGUGACCAGGAUAAAAUCUACCUAAAAGGAUUGACGGCAACAGGUUUCAGCCAUGUCCUUCAGUUCAUGUACUACGGGAAUAUUGAUCUUAGUAUGGCUACUGUCCAUGAGAUCCUGCAAGCAGCCAUGUAUGUGCAGCUCACUGAGGUGGUAAAAUUCUGCUGCUCUUUCCUCAUGGCCAAAAUAUGCUUGGAGAACUGCGCAGAGAUCAUGAGGUUGUUGGAUGAUUUCAGUGUGGAUGUAGAAGGCGUUCGAGAGAAGCUAGAUUCCUUCCUGCUGGAGAAUUUUGUGCCUCUUAUGUCCAGGCCUGAAUUUUUGUCCUACCUAAGCUUUGAGAAGCUAAAAAGCUAUUUGGACAGUGACCGUCUGAGCCGAUUCCCUGAGAUAGAGCUAUAUGAAGCAGUUCAGGCCUGGUUGCGGCACGAUAGAAGGCGAUGGAGGCACACUGAUUCCAUCAUUCAAAACAUCAGGUUUUGUUUGAUGACCCCAUCAAGUGUCUAUGAGAAGGUGAAAACAUCUGAGUUUUAUCGAUACUCCCGUCAGUUGAGGCAUGAAGUUGAGCUGGCAUUAAACUACUUUCAUAAUGUCAGCGAGCAACCUUUGAUGGAGAUGAAAUCAAACCACAUUCGUUCACCUAAACCUCAGACUGCAGUAUUUAGAGGCAUGAUCGGACACAGCAUGGUCAACAGCAAGAUCCUUCUUUUACACAAACCGCGAGUUUGGUGGGAACUAGAAGGUCCUCUGGUACCGCUUCGUCCCGACUGCCUUGCAAUUGUCAACAACUUUGUCUUCUUGCUUGGAGGAGAGGAGCUUGGUCCUGAUGGAGAAUUUCAUGCCUCAUCAAAAGUAUUUAGAUAUGAUCCACGGCAAAACAGCUGGAUGAGAUUAUCCGACAUGUCUGUGCCACGCUCAGAGUUUGCUGUGGGGGUCAUUGGCAGAUAUAUAUAUGCUGUGGCCGGGAGGACGCGAGAUGAAACCUUUUACUCAACCGAGCGCUAUGAUAUAAUCGAAAACAAAUGGGAAUUUGUUGAUCCAUAUCCUGUUAAUAAGUAUGGACACGAAGGAACUGUUCUCAACAAUAAGUUGUUUAUCACUGGAGGGAUUACAUCUUCUUCUACGUCCAAACAAGUAUGUGUUUUUGACCCAAGUAAAGAGGGGACAGUGGAGCAGAGGACCAGGAGAACACAGGUGCUUACAAACUGCUGGGAAAACAAGUGCAAAAUGAAUUAUGCCAGAUGUUUUCAUAAAAUGAUUUCCUACAAUGGGAAAUUGUAUGUGUUUGGAGGUGUUUGCGUUAUCUUAAGAGCUUCUUUUGAAUCGCAAGGCUGUCCUUCUACAGAAGUUUACGAUCCUGAUAUGGAUCAAUGGACAAUUUUGGCCUCCAUGCCAAUUGGGAGGAGUGGUCAUGGAGUAGCUGUCCUGGACAAACAAAUCAUGGUGCUUGGUGGUCUUUGUUAUAAUGGUCACUACAGUGACUCCAUCUUAACAUUUGAUCCAGAGGAGAACAAAUGGAAAGAGGACGAAUAUCCUAGAAUGCCUUGCAAGCUGGAUGGCUUACAAGUAUGCAGUCUGCAUUUUCCAGAAUAUGUUUUAGAGCACAUGAAACGUUGCACCUAAUUGUAACUCUUGAUCUUAGGUCUUUGUUUUUGUUUUGUUUUUUUAUACAGCUUUUUUAUGUCUUAAUUGAAAUAUGUUGCUACCUACUCUGUUUUGUGUAAAGUUAUGAAUUGCUUUCAGAGGAAUAGAUUGCAAUCUAAAACAUUUCAUUCAAGAAAAAUUUAGCUAUAAAAAUGAAAUGUUGCCGAAUGUGUGUGAGAGAAUCUAGUAUGAUUUUAUAUAUAUUUUUUUUCUAUUUAUUUUGUUUUGUACACUGCUUUUUAAAACCUUCAUUAUUUUUUUUAUUUAUUUUUUAUCUGCAUCCAACUUUAAUUUUUAUUUUUUUUCGACAGUCUGUUGUGAUAGUAAUAUCAAAAGGUAAAUCUUACCAAGUCCGACAAUUAUAUGCACAACAUUUUAGGGUUGUGUAUCACUUAUUUAACAUGUUUUAGUGGCAGUAGUUUCUGUAACCUUGGUCUCAAACCCAGCAGUUAUCCAGGUUAGGGAUUGUCUAAUCCUAGUCCAGUAAUUAUAUUGAAAAACCUUUUAUGAUUGGUUCACGAUGACCUGUUUGGGGACCACUGGCUAUGGAAAAUACGUGCGCUAGACAUUGGAGUGAAAUAUUUGGCAGCAUGUUGCUUCAUUACAAAACCUAAAGAUUGUCAAGUACACUAAAAUUAGAACUUCCUGAAAUUAAUUGGUGUUGUACAAAAUCUUGAAUGAGGCAUCUGUAUGUGUGAGGGAAAGGGCUUGACUUAGCAGGGCAAAUUGUACAAAAUAUUAAAGAGUUUUUAAACACUGAACCAGUCCAUUAAUAGAAAUCUGUUAUAUGUAUAAAUUAGGCUUAUGUUAAAGUAAAUUGUUUUAUUGUCCUAAAUAAUGCCAUUUUGGAGAUACAUUUUAUGAACUAUUACUAUGCAUUAUUUGCUGCUGUUACACAUCUUUUGUUUAAGACAUAAUUGUAUUAUUGUCCAAGACUUGCAUGCUCUUAAAUAUAGGCCAUGUUAACUGGAAUGCAGGGCUUCCUCCCCCCUCCCCUUCAUUAUUUUUUGUUCCUUCUUGGGUGUACAUGUAAUGAGCUUACCUGGAAACUUGCUGGAUCUCUCCUGCAGACUCUGGAUGUAGCUUGUAAUGUCUCUGUAGUAGUGUGGGAGUCUCCUGAUGGGUUAUAUUAACAUUUAGCUCCUAACAUCACUCCCCAAUACAUGAGCUGGGUUGUAAACACGAGAAUUUUAUAUAUAGGCCAAGGUUUGUGGCUAUCUCUACGUUGGGGCAGGUGGAUGAGUUAAAAUAUUGAAACUGAUUAUUUCACUAGUUUACACAAGGAUUUGUGACCUGUAAAUUGAUUACUGCUAUGAAGUGAAUAUACUUUUUUUUUGUGUAAUGGUCUUAUAAACUGUUAUGACCCAAACCAUCCUAAGUGGAAGGAUAGAUCUACAGGCCAUUGGAUCCACAAAGUUCCCAGGUACAGUGUUAAUUGGCUUUACUUUCCUUGACAAUCAGCUUGAAUAUAUAUCUAGCGUUAUGGGAAGAUAAGAAAAACGUAUGCCCCAAACAUUUUUUAAGAUUUCAAGCAGAAAAAACAAUAAAUCUUUUUCACAAGCAUAUUCUUGAAAAGUAUGGUUUCUUGAACUUGCUAAUUGUUUCUUACCCACUAGGAAUGAAAAGUGAUAACCACAGUGUAGUAGGCAAGAGUUGAGAUAACGAUUCUACAUAACGGUAAAGCAGCAUAGUAAGGAGUAGUGUCUCUGAGCCAGCCUCAGCACAAAUCCAUCCAUAACUUGCUUAUGCUUCUGGGGUAGCAAUAUUGCCUCUGUUGCUCUCCUUAGAGCCAAGUCA